AUGAGACGUUUGGAUAUAACGCACGGCCGUAUAAGUCCUUUGUGUCAGGUGAAACAAUACGGGAACGGAAGACGAGAAUUGAAGACAGCGGUUUUCAAAGGGUUUGGCGGACAUUUGGUUUGCUUAUUUGGUGAAAUUUACAGGCUUAAUUUGCAUGAACAUCAAAUUCUUGGUAUAAAGCGCAUGCUUCAAUGGUACAGUGAGAAACAUGGUGGAAUUCUUGCGGAUGAAAUGGGUUUGGGUAAAACCUGUCAAGCAGUUGGCACUAUCGUUUGCUUACUAAACGAUAACAAAGAAGGACGGCAUAUGAUUAUUUGUCCUCUUUCGGUCCUCCAACAUUGGCAGUAUGAACUGUUCAGAUUUGGCUUUGGAAAGCUUCGAGUUGUAACAUAUAUUGGAAGUGCUGAUGCAAGAAGAGUGAUUCGGGAAAAGUUGCAAAUUUCCAAAGAUUGGAAUAUUUUACUUACAACCUAUGAGACGACGAUAAGUGAUGAGCACUAUUUCCGGUGGACAUGGUCUUCAUUAUUUAUCGAUGAAGCGCAUCGUUUAAAGUCAAGCAAAUCUGUUCUCCAUCAAAUUGUUCGCAAGAUGUCUGUGGAAUUCGUGGUGUUGAUGACCGGAACACCUAUACAAAAUAAUAUUAAUGAACUUUAUUCAUUACUCACCUUGAUUGAUGCGAACAGGUUUUUGCUUCUUGGUGAAGAGCAGUUUGUUGCGAAAUAUCGGAACACACGUGACACUGCUACGGAGCUUCAGUAUGUGCUUUCGAAAUAUCUUAUUCGUCGAACAAAGCAGAUCUUGCAUAUCAAUAUUCCGGACAGUUCAGAAGUUGUAAUAUACCAUGGACUAACUGAAAUGCAGAAGAACAUGUAUCGUGCAAUACUGAGUAAAAAUUAUAAAUACUUUGAGAAUGUAGACGGUAAGACUCAGAACGCCGGCAACAGAAUGUCAUUACUUAAUGUAUUGAUGCAGUUACGAAAAUGUGUCGCACAUCCUUAUCUUUUUGAUGGUGUAGAAUCGGAACCAUUCAAAGAAGGUGAUCAUUUAUUUGAAGUAAGCGGAAAAUUCCUUCUUUUGGAUCGAGUGCUCACAUUUCUGUCGGCAAAGAAUCAUCGUGUACUUAUUUUUUCGCAAAUGACUCGUGUGCUUGAUAUUGUCCAGGAUUAUUUGGUUUAUAAAGGAUACAAUUAUCGACGUUUGGAUGGAUGUGUACGAGCUGAAGAGCGAUUCGCCGCAGUAAAUCGCUUUCAGACAAAUUCAGACAUAUUUUGUUUUCUAUUGUCAACUCGAGCUGGAGGCCUCGGAUUGAAUUUAACCGCUGGUGAUACAGUGAUUUUUCUGGAUUCGGAUUUCAAUCCGCAAAGUGAUAUUCAGGCUGCGGCAAGGCCUGUGAAAAUAAUACGUUUGGUUUCGCGUUACACGGUGGAAGAUAUGAUACAGUGUCGUGCAGCUCGGAAACUUCAAAUGACCCGAGAGAUUUUGGAGGAAAACAAUGAUGCAGGAAAAGAAUUAACAUUUGCGGAAAUUUCUGAUUUGAUAAUAAAAGGCUUGAAUCGGUUGAGUAACGAUAAAAUUGGUUCUGAAGAAUUAAAUAUGGAAGAAAUUGAAAAAUUAGUCGGUAGAACGGAUGAAAAUGGUCAUUGGAUUCAUGGUGGAGAAAAACAAGUUGUGAGUUCUAAACAACCAAAGUCUAACAAGGAAGAAAGUGGCAUGCUGGAAAAUAUGUAUAUCUUCGAAGGACACGAUUAUAAACAGGAUGUUACAGUUCUGCAGAAUAUUUUAAAUGAAUUUAAAGCCGUGGAACCGGUUGGAAAUAUUUCGGUGAGGCAGACUGUGCCAGUCGAAAGGCGAAGACGUAGACCAAUAUCGAAAGAAGAAAUGGAGAACAGAAUCAAAAAACGAAAAGAAACAUUAGAGCAGAAGAAAAAGUUGAGGGAAGUGGAAAUUGAAAGGAAAAAAAAGGAACGAGAAAUGAGAAAGGCCAUGAAAUGGCUAGAAAAUAAUUACAAAAGUGGCUCUUUACCUUUUCGAGAAAUGCAUGAAGUUCAGCAUGGCGACUGUAGCAUAGAUUUUGGACCUCAUUUCGUCUAUGGCAGUGUUACGGACAUACUAAAAACUUCCAGUGACAAUUCAGAUCGUGCGCUUAUCGUUCAUGUUGUGGAUAACAGUGGCUUGUUUGGUCGUGGAGGUGUUUUCGAUGCUCUCAGGAAAAAGAGUCAACAAAUAAUGGACACGUACGAAUUAGCAGGCAAAAUGGGUGAUUUGCAUCUUGGUGAUGCACAUCUUAUUGAAGAUAUUGCGGAUGAAUUGCCCACAACCCUUUCCAAACGAGAUAUAAUUAUCAGUUUAAAAAGUGGAGUAAGUGAAGGAUUAAGGGAUAAUAACGAUAUUGAUGAAACUAACCAAUCGAUAUCUGAAGCUUUUCUUCCUAGGAUAAAGGUUUCCGUGGUCCUAUUAGUAGCACAACAUCGUCUUAAAAGAGAUAUAAUUGACCAAGAUAUUUUGGCGAAAUGUUUCAAAAAGCUUGCAUUUUAUGCGGUGAACUCGAACACUUUAAGUGUUCAUAUGCCACGAAUUGGUUAUGAUAAGCGAAAUAUUAAUAGAAAAAAGGAUCCAAAUAAUGCACAGAAAAUUACAUCGCAGGAAAAAAGAAGAAUGAACGAUGAAGCUGGGAGCGAUUCUGAAAAAGGAGACCAUUUCAAUCAUUGUUAUCAUUAG